AUGUCCGGAUGCAAAGGUGGCAAGGAGGAGCCCCUAAGGAAGCCUGAGAAGCAGACCAGAGAUGAACAUGAUUAGGCAUUCAAGCAGAAAGAAAGAAGAGCAGAAGCGGAGGAGAAAGAGGAGAAGAAACUGGGGGAGCUGAAAGCAAAGGUCAUGUGGAAGGGCCCCCUGGCCACUGGUGGAAUUAAGAAAUCUAGCAAAAAAGAAACAAAUAGUGGAUUCACUAAAGAAGAGGAAGGAAGAAAAAGGAGGAGGAGGAGGUGGGGGGAAGGGCAAGAGGAAGGAGGGAAAGAGGAAGAAGAAGAAGACAAAGAUGAACAAGGAGAAGAAGAAGAACAACAACAACAACAACUGACAAAAUAA